ACUCGAUUCCAUUCUCAAAACUUAACCGGACGACUACAUCUACAUAUUUUAUUGCCGUUUUUAAUUAACUAAAUAAAUUUAUCCCCUUGUCUAUGAAAAUCAAGGCCCAGUUGUGGCUCACUAUCAAACUGAACUUUGUGGAAGAAUUGAUUGGCGUCAAAUUUAAAAGUAAACUUUUGAAUUGUUUUAGAAAUUGCAAAAUAGAAUCUAGUUUUAUUUAUAAUGCUUAAAACCAGUGUGAUUUUGAGACUAUUAAAAUAGUGUUCAGCACGUUUGGUGAAAUGGCAAGUGAAGAAACAAGGCCUGCCGCGACUGCGGCUCCCGAAUCCGCUCCAGCUCCAGAACCAGCCCCUGCACCAGAACAGGAGCCUCAAGCGGCUUCGGACGACGAGAAGGAAUCUGAAUGGCGCCCCUCUCGUCCCCCAUCACCCCCUCAGCGUAAUGAAGAUAUAUCAGAAGGUUCUGAAGCCACAACGCGACCGGGUCGACCAGAACCGACGAGUCGCUACGCAAACCUAAACUACUGGAAAGCGAGACGUGUCACGUUUUACCGCAAUGGCGAUCCGUACCAUCCAGGUGUGGAGUUCCGCUUUAAGCCGGGUCGAGAUCUUGUGUCGAUGGACGCGUUGCUGGAUCGGUUAUCGGAGCGACUGGAACUACCGAGGGGAGCGAGGUUCAUCUUCGGCAUGGACGGCGAUAGGAAAUACAGGCUGGAGGAACUCGAAGAUGGGGCGUCGUACGUAGUAUCAUCGUACAAAACUUUUAAGGCAGCUAGUUACGGUAAAAAGAACGGCAUGUGGUACGGCGGCACCGCGACGGGAACCAGCGGGUGGUCGCGGGCAGUCCGCAAGCAGUCGGUAGUGGAGUCCGACGCGCCUCCCCCGGGCGGCGGGAAGACGACUAGCGGGCGCGUCAUUCGCAUCAUCAACAAUAUGGACCACUCCAUACAGUGUCGCGUUUUGUUAAAUCUGCGAACGACGCAACCAUUUGAAGAAGUUCUAGAAGAUUUGGGACAAGUUUUGAAAAUGAGCGGAGCUAAAAGGAUGUACACAAUCACAGGACAAGAGGUGAGAAGUUUCUCGCAACUUCGCAACGAAUUCGCAGAUGUAGAGACGUUCUACCUCGGCACAUUAAUGGUACCGCCGGCUCACAGUCCUGGUGUCAGUGCUCCUCUCCCUAUAGAAUCGCCAAUAAGAAGGUCACGGUCAAGAGCUACGGUGGCUUCAAUACCUGUAUCAGACGAUACGCGUGGAAGGCGGGCAAGGAGCAAAAGCAGACCGAGGGCGUUGUAUGCUCCAGAAGGCGAAAUAAUAAGAAAUUCAGAUUAUACACUCUUGGAAGUGUUGAAAGAAGAACCCAUUCGCCUAACGAUCCGUGGUCUACGGCGUACCUUCUACCCACCAAUUCACCAUGCUCCCAUUGACAAUUCACCGCCGGAGAAGAAAUUGCAGCUCGAUUGGGUUUACGGUUAUAGAGGAGCUGACACUCGACGCAACUUAUGGGUACUUCCAACAGGAGAACUACUUUACUACGUAGCAGCUGUUGCUGUUAUGUAUGAUCGAGACGAAGAGUCACAGAGACAUUACACCGGCCACACAGAAGAUAUUCAAUGCAUGGAGCUGCAUCCGUCCCGCGAGCUGGUGGCGAGCGGGCAGCGCGCGGGGCGCGGGCGGCGCGCGCAGGCGCACGUGCGCAUCUGGAGCGCCGACACGCUGCAGACGCUGCACGUGUUCGGCAUGGCCGAGUUCGAGGCCGGCGUCUCCGCAGUCGCCUUCUCGCAGUUGAACGGUGGCAGUUACGUGCUGGCUGUAGACGCCGGCCGCGAAAGCAUUCUGUCUGUAUGGCAAUGGCAGUGGGGACAUCUACUAGGAAAAGUCGCUACGCUUCAAGAGGAGCUAACUGGUGCAGCUUUCCACCCGCUGGAUGACAACCUUCUCAUCACUCACGGAAAAGGACAUUUGGCAUUCUGGAAUCGUCGGAAGGAUGGAUUUUUUGAACGGACCGAUAUAAUUAAACCACCAUCCCGUACCCACGUCACCGCGCUGCAGUUCGAACCAGAUGGUGACGUAGUGACGGCGGACAGUGACGGCUUCAUAACUGUGUACAGCGUCGACAGUGAUGGUGCUUAUUUUGUUCGCAUGGAGUUUGAGGCCCACAUAAAAGGUAUCAGUUCUCUAGUGAUGCUGUCAGAAGGCACAUUAAUAUCUGGUGGCGAAAAGGAUAGGAAAGUGGCAGCUUGGGAUUCCUUACAAAACUACAAAAAGAUCACCGAAACAAAGCUGCCCGAAACUGCGGGAGGCGUUCGGAGUAUUUAUCCUCAAAGGCCAGGCCGAAACGAUGGCAAUCUGUACAUUGGUACCACAAAGAACAAUAUCAUGGAAGGAUCGCUUCAAAGAAGAUUCAAUCAGAUUGUGUUUGGUCAUCAUAAACAACUCAUGGGGCUGGCUGUUCACCCGGAUGACGAAAUGUUCGCUACGGCAGGUCAUGACAAGAAUAUAGCAUUAUGGAAAGGUCAUAAACUGCUAUUUGCCACUCAGGUGGGCUAUGAAUGUGUGUCAAUCGCGUGGCAUCCCAGCGGUGGGGCGCUUGCAGCAGGCAGCACUGAGGGUCACUUAGUGGUGUUGAACGCUGACGCUGGGGCUCAUGUUGCCACUUUAAGAGUUUGUGGAUCGCCUCUGAACUGUUUACAGUACAAUUCAGCUGGAGACAUUCUGGCAAUAGCAUCACAAAAUGGCAGCAUAUAUCUAUUUCGAGUAUCCCGAGAUGGGUUUUCAUAUAAAAAGUCAAAUAAAAUUCGUGGGACUCAACCACUAGUUCAGCUUGAUUGGAGUCUCGACGGAAACUAUCUACAAACGGUUACCGCCGACUACGAUUUGUCGUUCUGGGAUAUUAAAGCUUUAUCUCCUGAGAAAAGUCCAAUAGCGAUGAAGGACGUUAAAUGGUCUUCCUACAAUUCCACUAUCGGCUUUCUAGUAUCAGGAAUGUGGAACAACCGCUUCUAUCCAAUGACGUCACUGAUAACAGCAGCGAGCCGUUCCUCUGCGCACGACCUUCUGAUCAGUGGUGACUCCGAUGGAUACUUACGUAUAUUUAGAUAUCCUUGUUCGAGUCCAAAGGCAGAAUACAAUGAAGUGAAGGUUUAUUCCGGUUCCGUGUACAACGCACGGUUCCUGUUCAAUGACCGUUGCUUGGUCAGCACGGGUGGGAUCGAAGCGGCCCUCAUGCUGUGGGAGUUGGUGGACGAUUAGCACAGAGCCGUGCAGGCGCCGCGCCCGCCUGCCGUCGUCGUGGCGCCGCCCACACCCUCGCCGCAACACAACCUACGGAACCCGACCUUCCGGGUUCUAGACUUCGAUGAACUCGACUGAAUUCAAAUUGCCGUCUAAGGACCAACUUUCAGCCGAGCAUCGUAUACUUCUUUGGAAGUACUAACUUUUCUGGUUACACUUAUUGGGUGGGAUUUAUACUGACUAGAAACUUCGCGUUGAUGUUUUUAACACUUUUUGGAGUUGGAUACUUUGAUCUGUUGUAUAUUUACAUAUAAACAUGGAUCCUAAAUACAUUUUUAUGACUAUGAGAUACUUCUAAAUAAACCAGAUUAUUUUUAAAUUAAUAUAAGCACACGCUUGACUAUGGUCCAAUCUGAUGAUAGAUGAUAUUCAUUUCCGAUUCAUGAAUAUUUGAAUGAGAAACUAUAGGUUAUGUGUAUAAACAGUAUUAAUUAAAGUUAUAAAGAUUAUUUGGCAGUAUUUAAAAUGAC